GGCCGGGUACACGCGCGCCCCGCGGGGCGCAGCAGAGCCGGGCAGCAUGACCGACCGCAGGCUGCGCCGGGCGCCCGGGGGCGUGAACUGCAGGCCGGGGUACGAAGAGAACCUACCUUCCCCGUGUUUCACGAAGCACAAGAACAGGCCGAAGGUCCCCACCUCCCUGAACAGCCGGCGCUGGGUGUUCGUGAGGGAGGGGCUGGACGACUUCAGGACAGGCUGCCCGCCUUGCCAUGGUCUGAUCACUCGGGGACCCCAGGAGGGCUUUCUGCCCCGGAUUCAUCACAGAGCUCCCCAGCCAGCCCCAAAGAGGAGGCAAAACAAGCCGUCCAAGGACGAAGCCCCGUUUUCCAAGCUGUCGCCAGCCCAGCGGGCUCGGAAGGCGUUCCUGGAGGACGUGGAAGCCCACCUGGCCCCGCACCCCUUGGCCAUCUACCCGCACCUGGAAGAAGCCAUGCCUGCAGAGCUCUUACUAAAGGUGCUGGAGGUGCUUGAUCCUGACAGGAGGCUGGAGGACACCUGGGCUUAUUGUCAGGAUGGCAGAAAAAGAACAAAGGCACACCCAGAGCUUUUUAGAAAAAGUUCUACGCAAGUCCACCUGGGACUCCCCAAGAAGGUUGCUGUGUCACGUUCAGGCCAAUGGCUCUAUGAAGAAAAGCCACGUAAAAUGGAUUUGCUCCAUGAAGAUGGUCGUCUUCUUUAUGAAAAUGUACGCAGAGGAGUUAGGGACUUCUGCCACUGGGCUACUGCUUUGGGAAGUUCGAACAUUGAUGAAGAGUUCAUCCUGAGGCAGUUUGACAUUGACUGUCGGAACAAACCAAGCCAGGAUGUGCUCCACACGCUGAGGCCAAACCGGGUUCCUCUGCAGCUAAAGCACAGGGUGGGGCUAAACAAAGGGCAGGAGCUGGAAUCCUUCCAGAAACUAGACCGUGAGAGGAAACUCCAGAAACCACAGAAUCCUUAUAAACCACAGAGGGUGAAGAUGAGGUACGGAGCAUGGUAUCUGGACACCAAGUUGUGGAGAAGGCAAAGAGCUGAUGAACCCCUAGUUGACCCUAAGGUCUCACAUAAAGCUCAAGAUGAGAAUUUUAAAAAGGGACUACAGGAACAGGAGGAGUUCCUUGCAGACCUUCCUGGAACGGUUGCCUUUAAGGAUUUCAUUCUAAGCAGGGGCUACAGAAUGCCGAGGUUCCUUGAGAAGAUGUACCCCAGGAAGGAAUGUAAACGUGCAUGUAAGAAGACUUCUAUAAAACUAACUUAAGCAUAGAAAUAUCUUGGGAAGGUGAUUAGUCAGAUUUUAUUGACUGUAUACUUGGCUAUUUGUCUCUCUCAUUUUACACAUUAAACAGAAUUUAUGGUGAGUGUACCAUUGUGGAUGUUCAUCUUCAACUUGGCAACAUCUGCAAAUGUAGUGCAUAAUACUUAUAAACAUUUCUAAAUGAUCUUUUGCUUCAAUUAAUCAAUAGUUUAUACAUUUUAUCAACUAUGAGAUCAGUAAUCACAUGUAAUCUCACAUUUUUGUAGCAUUGUGAAUAUGACCUAGGUAUAUGCGCUAUUUGUAAAAGUAAAUAAAACAAUAAAUAUUAAUAAAAGCAGAAUUACUCUA